UUCGCCAGACAACUAUUUUUUUUUUCUCUCUCUCUGUAGCUCGUUAGUCGUCCCUCGACUCCUUCCGCUCCCUCCAUUUCUCUCUUUUCACUCCUCACGGCCACUCGCGCCGCCGUCGACAAGGUCACCGGACUGCCUGAAGGCCACGGCUGUUGCAUCUCUCUCGUUGCCGAGAUCGGCUGUCGUCCGAGGCCAAGUGGGUGUAGUCAAUUGACAGUUAAGUAGAAAAUAUGGAUGCACAAGCAUGUUCAGACAAUCCACAAAUGAAAUCAGCUAUUGUUCUUAGAGGGACUGCCAAAGAUGGGAAACCUGGACCACCCGUUGGUGUUGUUGAUAUCGGGGUGGCUGAGAAAGCCUAUCUAUUUCGGGUUGCUGUGCCUGGUGUUGACAAGGAACCAGGUAAGCUGAAAUGUUCUGUUGGAGCCGAUGGGAGGGUUGAAGUACAGGGCGAGAUCACGGAUAGAGGCGUUUUGAGCAGCUCGUCAGAUGUGUACCGGAUGAUAACCCAGCAACUGACUCCCACGGGGCCGUUCUCUGUUUAUUUUAACCUGCCUGGACGUGUAGAUACCCGUUUUACUCUUGCCAAUUUCCGUCAAGAUGGCAUUCUGGAAGUAAUUGCCUUCAAAAAGUGAACUCCAAUGGUCAUGCUAAUGUUCUUAUUCAGAAGUUUUAUGUACAGGGCAGACAAUGAGCAAAUAUUGCCGAUUUCUGUGCAGCGGAUGGCGCAUCUUGAUUAUUUCAUUCAUAGGUCUAACAAAGCUGAACACUCGGAGUUAAUUCUUGUGUACUUGGAGAUAAAGCCUGAAGCUGUUUCCAUCUUGGCUCCUGUAAAGGGGAAUGCAAUCACACAGAUUGUCAUAUUUUGGCGAUGCAGCAUUGUCUUGCUGGCUUUAUCUUGUAUCCGGGUAGUUUUUCCUAUUUCUUCAAUCAUUGGUGGUAGUCAUUGAUGGAGA